GGGACGUGGGCUUGCAUGACAGGGCCGCAGCCUGAGGUGCUUCGUCCUCGCACAGUUGCGAGCCCCAUCCGCAUCGAAGGCAACAUGCACGAUUUGUCGCUCAGUGGCGUGCGUUCCAAGCUCAGCCUCGAAAAGCCAACGCCAAAGCCCAAGCCAGUGGCCGAGAGAACGCUUCUACCACGAGACGCAAAGCAACUUCGACCGCGCAUAAGCAUGGACGUGACCGUGGGUACGAUGCUCAAGACGAUCCAGUGCUUGAAGCAGGCGCCGUCCACCGACGAGCUGCGGCGUGAAGACAGCAACAACGACGCCCGCGUGAAAGCCACCGAUGAGGAGCGUCUCAAGCUGCGUUUCAAGACCAUGCGCAUGAACAAGGUGUUUGUGACAUCGGUGAAAAAAACACCGACGGACGCCCCGCCAUUUCAAGUGGUGCAAAUGGCCAAGCCUGCAAUUAUGAACUCGUCGCGGCCGCCGUCGCGAGCGAGUGUCUCGCGCUCGUCCAGUCGGGCGGGACGUUCAAAUCAGUGCGGGAUCUUGCUCACAGACGACGAGUUUCCUGCGCCCGCACCUCCAACGCCCGUUGUCACGCGGAAGCAGAGCUUUCGGGACUUUGAACUCAUUAGCCAAGAGGCAGGCGACAAGGUCAUCUUUCGCGCACUCGAAGAAAAGCGCGGCCCUGACGUACACGACGGCAGCACGUUUGAGUUUACAAGGUGGGACCGCAACGAGUGGUAGGAGGACCCAGUGUACAGUAAAUGAUGUGAAGAAUAGCUCAUUGUCGACGCGA